ACCUCCAAAGAAUCUAUCCUAUGGAAACACCUUUAUUUGUAUUGAGCUUUCUUCUUCCCUGCAUAUCACAUUCGCUGGUGGUUGAAGAGAGAAAUGUAAGAGGUAAAAAACAAUGUUGCUUAAAGCUCUUCUCUUUAUUGAUUUUUUAAUGUAAAGAUUGGACAUUUCUAUGUUGAAUCUAGUUAGGAGAUUUAUUUGAAAUAUAGUAUAUGUAUUGAAUAGAAAAUGCUUGGUCUUAAAAAGUUAAUAGAGAGAUUCAAAGGCACUCAAGUUCAUGCCUUGAAUCCACCAGGUAGCAAUGGUGUUAACACUACUGGUUCUUCUUCUACACCCGGCAAUUGUAGAGUUAAGUUUAAAGGAUCAAAACAGAAAUCCUCUAAGGCCUGCUCUGGUUCAGGAGCUGAAACUCUUAUUCCUUUUGGAUUCCCUAGAACUGACCACCUUGAGCCAUCCAUAGAACCUCACUUGAAACCUAUUCAGUUAAUAGAAACCUUAGCUGAUCUCUUUCGCCGGUCUGAAGCUUGUUUAGAAUCUGAGAAAUCAUUAAUAUACAUUGAGCAGUACUCGAUUUUGAGCAGCCUUGGUGAUCCGAAGUUACUGAGAAGAUGCCUCCGUGCCGCAAGGCAACAUGCCUUGGAUGUGCACUCAAAGGUAGUUUUAUCAGCUUGGUUGAGGUAUGAGAGGAGGGAAGAUGAGCUUGAAGGUGUGUCCCCAAUGGAUUGCAGUAGUAGAUUCAUUCUUGAAUGUCCUAAGGCCACUCUUGUAUACGGGUAUGAUCCAAACUCGAUUUAUGACAACUGCAAGUGUUAUCAAGAAUGUGCCAAGUCCACUGAUUCGCAUAUCUCUAAGGUGAAAACAUUGGAAGAAGAUAGUGAUGUUUCAUUUUGCGUAGGCAAUGAGGAGAUUGAUUGUAUUCGAUUUAAAAUUGCUGCACUUUCUAGACCACUUAAGGCCAUGUUAUAUGGUAGUUUCAAGGAGUCAAAAAGUUGUAAAAUCGAUUUUUCACAUACUGGUAUCUCUGUAGAGGGAAUGAGAGCUGUGGAUUUGUACAGUAGGACUAGGAGGGUGGAUUUGUUUCAUCCUGAGGUUGUUUUAGAGCUCUUAUCGUUUGCAAAUAGGUUCUGUUGUGAGGAAAUGAAGUCCGAUUGUGAUAUUCAUUUAGCUUCUUUAGUGAGCUGUAUAGAGGAUGCUUUGAUCCUUAUCGAAUACGGGUUAGAAGAAAGGGCGAAUUUUCUAGUAGCUUCAUGUUUACAGUUGUUGUUAAGAGAACUCCCAACUUCUCUUUAUAACCCCAAAGUGAUGAAAAUGUUUUGUAGCUUUGAGGCAAAGGAGAGAUUAGCAUCAGCAGGGCAUGCUUCUUUCAUCUUGUAUUAUUUCCUAAGCCAGGUGUCUAUGGAAGUGAAUACAGUGUCGAAUGUGACCGUGAUGUUGUUAGAAAGGUUGAGAGAAUGUGCGGCACAAAAAUGGCAAAAGGCUCUAGCUUUGCAUCAACUGGGAUGUGUGUUGCUUGAGAGACAAGAAUAUACAAGUGCUCAAUGUUGUUUCGAAGCAGCUGCUGAGGCAAGCCAUGUUUAUUCAUUAGCUGGUAAUGCAAGAUGCAGAUUCAAGCAAGGACAACGGUACUCAGCUUAUAAGUUGAUGAGCUUGGUUAUCGCCGAGUAUAAAGCAGUUGGCUGGAUGUACCAGGAACGAUCUUUGUAUAAUGUUGGGAAGGAUAAGAUUGAUGAUUUGAACACUGCAACAGAGUUGGAUCCCACCCUUGUGUUCCCGUAUAAAUAUCGAGCAGUCUUGAAGGCCGAGGAGAAGCAAACUACUCCUGCUAUUUUGGAGAUUGAUAGAAUCAUAGGAUUCAAACUUGAACCAGACUGCUUAGAAUUACGAGCUUGGUUCUUCAUAGCAAUUGAGGAUUAUGGAAGUGCUCUGAGAGAUGUUCAAGCACUGUUUACUUUGGACCCAAAUUAUAGGAUGUUUGAUGAGCACGUAAGCGGGGAUAAUUUGAUUGAGUUCCUCAGCCUUAAGGUUGAACAAGGAAGCCAGGCUGAUUGCUGGAUGCAACUUUAUGAUCGAUGGUCGUGUUUAGAUGAUAUCGGCUCACUAGCAGUAAUUCACCAGAUGCUGGUUAAUGACCCUGGAAAAAGCCUGCUUAGAUUUCGGCAAUUUCUACUUCUUUUGAGGUUAAACUGCCAAAAGGCUGCUAUGCGAUGUUUGCGAUUAGCUCGUAACCUUUCUAGUUCUGAACACAAAAAGCUAGUUUACGAAGGAUGGAUUUUACACGACACUGGCCAUCGUGAAGAAGCUAUUGCUAGAGCUGAUGAAUCCAUUUCGAUCCAGAGGUCAUUUGAAGCCUUUUUCUUGAAAGCUUACAUAUUGGCAGAUACGAGUCUGGGUCCCGAAUCCUCUUAUGUCAUUCAACUUCUCGAGGAAGCCAUUAGAUGUCCUUCGGAUGGUCUUCGUAAAGGACAAGCACUCAAUAAUUUAGGCUCUAUCUAUGUGGAUUGUGGUAAACUGGAUGAAGCUACAAACUGUUAUAUGAAUGCCCUUGAAAUCAAGCAUACAAGAGCUCAUCAAGGGUUAGCCCGUAUUCAUUUUUUAAGAAAUAAGCGAAAAGCCGCAUAUGAUGAGAUGUCCAAACUGAUAGAGAAGGCAUGUAGUAAUGCCUCGAUAUAUGAAAAGCGGUCUGAAUAUUGUGAUGGUUCGAUGGCCAAGAAUGAUCUCAACAUGGCAACCAGACUGGAUCCACUUAGAACAUACCCAUAUAGAUACAGGGCAGCUGUGCUGAUGGAUGAGCAAAAAGACAGUGAGGCAAUUAAGGAGGUUUCAAAAGCUAUAGCUUUCAAGCCUGACCAGCAAAUGCUUCAUCUUCGAGCCGCUUUUUAUGAGUCAAUUGGUGACCUGAAAUCGGCUGUUUGUGAUUGUGAAGCAGCUCUUUGCUUGGAACCCAAUCAUAUAGACACGCUUGAUUUGUAUAAUAAAGCCAGGGGAAAGUGAUAGGCUGUGUCUUUGUUACAUUUCUAAUGAACCUGUGUUUCAAAGGCACAUAACCAAUUGACUAAGAGGAUGUACGUUGGAGAGGGACUGUGACUACCCGACAAGAACAAUUUCGUAGGUCAAAUCAUUCAUUUGGUAAUUUGCAGCGAUAAACGAUGAAAACAAACAGCUAAUUUGUUAAAGAAUUAGUAAUUCUUCUUCUAGAUGAGGCUGAAAUAUGAAAGUUAAUGAUUCAGGCAAAACAAGUUCAUUAAGCCAAACAUAUACAAAGCGAUUUAUGGUAGGUACUAUUCUUUCUUAUUAAUACACAAAUGGUGAAUGUAGAGCAAUAAAGUGAGUAUCGGAAACCCAAAGUAGUUUUUAAGUUGAAUCGGCUAUCCAUUUUGUGUGGAGUUUUAGCCUAAAAUAAGAAACCUAGGCGAAGUAGAUAGAUAUUUGUGGAAUGUCAAUAUCAUUGUCCUCAUCAUCCUCGCAAGCCACAACGACAUCCAGGU